GGACUCGUACGUAACUCUCGCCCUAUCCCGCGAGAUUUCAUAGUCUUCCUCGCCUUGUGGACGUUGGUGCUGCAGGAAAGUGUGCUCUAUGGCGGUGGCUGUUUCAGCGACUGUGUUUUGAACAGUAAAAGCUCCCCAUAUAUAAUCUCACGAGUAACCUCACAACAAGACACCCCAACGGAGAGCAGGUGCUAGAACAUAUCUCUUGACUGUACUAUAUAUCCAAAGCCAAUGGCAGAACUUUUUGGGUUCAAACCUCCUUAAGGGGGGGCAGUGCACCACUCUGGAGUUCAUUUGAGCAAAGGGAGGCGAGGCUCUGAUGAUGGAGAAUGGACAGAGCACGGCCUCGAAGCUUGGCCUGCCACCCCUCACCCCUGAACAGCAGGAGGCACUGCAGAAGGCGAAGAAGUAUGCCAUGGAACAAAGCAUCAAGAGCGUCCUGGUCAAGCAGACCCUCGCUCAUCAGCAGCAACAGCUCAGUAACCUACAGCUCCCUAAUUCUCUUCAGAUGGCCUCAUUAACAAUGGGUUUUGGAGAUCCCCUCUCACCACUACAGUCUGUUGCAGCCCAGAGGCAACGAGCGUUAGCCAUAAUGUGCCGGGUUUAUGUCGGGUCCAUCUACUAUGAACUUGGAGAGGACACCAUUCGACAGGCCUUUGCUCCUUUUGGUCCCAUCAAGAGUAUUGAUAUGUCUUGGGACUCUGUUACAUUGAAACACAAGGGUUUUGCAUUUGUAGAGUACGAAGUACCAGAAGCAGCACAGCUCGCUUUAGAACAGAUGAACUCCGUCAUGCUGGGCGGUAGAAACAUUAAGGUGGGCCGACCAAGCAACAUCGGCCAAGCUCAACCAAUCAUAGACCAGUUAGCCGAAGAAGCGCGCGCCUUCAACCGAAUAUACGUGGCGUCCGUGCAUCCCGACUUGUCAGACGAUGACAUUAAGAGCGUAUUCGAGGCCUUCGGAAGAAUCAAGUCUUGCAUGCUGGCACGAGACCCCACCACGGGAAAACACAAAGGAUACGGUUUCAUAGAGUAUGAUAAGGCCCAAUCCUCGCAGGACGCCGUGUCCUCCAUGAACCUCUUCGACUUGGGAGGGCAGUAUCUGCGCGUGGGCAAGGCCGUCACGCCUCCAAUGCCCCUUCUGACGCCGACGACGCCGGGCGGCCUGCCUCCUGCCGCGGCCGUAGCGGCAGCUGCCGCCACAGCCAAAAUCACCGCACAGAAAGAUAACAUAGCGUGUAAACUCCAAAAACAGAUGGCAUGGAAUCUGUCCCAGCCGGAGAAUCGGACAGAAGACUUCCUCAACUGUCUGGAAGCGGUAGCGGGAGCAUCUAUCCUGGGAGCGAUGACCGCGGGGACGGGCCUGAACAUGCCUCAGCUCCCUCAGGCCGUCAUGGCAGCUCAGGCACCAGGGGUCAUUACAGGAGUGACACCAGCCCGGCCCUCUUUACCUGUUGUGCCACAGGUGGGUCUCGUAAACCCGGUUUUAGCCUCCCCUCCAUCGCUGUCAGCAGCUGUGGCUGCGGCCCAAGAGGCCAUAAAAGAGAAGCAAGAGGAGGAAUCUGCUCAAGACGGCACGGGUCAGGAGAUGCUUAGUGAACAGGAACACAUGAGCAUCUCGGGAAGCAGUGCCAGACAUAUGGUCAUGCAGAAACUGCUGAGGAAACAAGAGUCAACGGUUAUGGUGCUCAGAAACAUGGUUGGCCCUGAGGACAUCGAUGAUGAUCUGGAAGGAGAAGUAACGGAAGAAUGUGGGAAGUUUGGUGCUGUUAAUAGAGUUAUAAUCUACCAGGAGAAGCAGGGUGAGGAGGAGGAUGCUGAAGUCAUUGUCAAGAUCUUUGUUGAGUUUUCAGCGGCGUCAGAGAUGAACAAGGCCAUUCAUGCCCUUAACAACCGCUGGUUCGGAGGUCGGAAGGUCAUCGCUGAAGUUUACGAUCAGGAGCGAUUUGAAAACAGUGACCUCUCCGCAUAGACUGUCAAAAGUACAUUUUGCCCACCGUAACCUCUUUCUCCAUCUCUCCAUCAUUUCCUCUCUCACACAGACACAGUUGCCGACCGCUAUUCCCAGUGGCAUUGGCUUCUCUUUAUAACUUGUAAUUAUUUUUUAUCAAUGUUGAUAUUAAUGUUAUUAAUGUUAUCCCUUCAUGGGACAGAGGCAAGGAAACGCUUAUGAGUAUUUUUUUUAUUGUUGCUGUACCCUAAUGUGAAUGACUGGAUUCCACCCUUCUUUUUUUUUGGUUAUUGGUUAAACUCCUCUGGAAGCCCUCCAACCCAUCAGAUAAAGUUAAAAUUCAGUUGCUUUGUCUUUUAUUCCUAAAGUAUUCUCAUUAGCCUGUUAUGAUGCUUUUGGUUUCAAAUGCCAGAACAAUAAAUUCAACUAUGACAUUUGA